UGUUGUCCGUGGCAAGGGAAGGGGAUGUCACUGUCUUCCAAUCAUCAAUUCCUGUCAUUGCAAAAUAUGGACCAAACGCGUUAACAGAAAUAUCGGCCCAGGGCACCGAAUACCAGCCACUCAGAAGGCGAAGAGGGGUAAUCUCGUCCAUUCGCCGAGCUUGCCUUUGCUUAUGGUGAAUUCCCACUCUACUCUUUCCCAAAACGCAGCCGUCGGGCCCGCAUGUCAUAUUAUCGUGCCUUGUAUCUCAAAUCGUUGCCGAACCAAAGCGGUCUGCCUCGGUGUUUCAUGGCGGCCACGAGCCCCUCCUCCCCCCCUCACCGAUCCACUCUUCUAGAAUUUCCCAGAAGCAAUCGCUCUCUUCCUUCCUUCUCCGUUCGUUUCUCCGCUAAGACUAAUGGAGCCUCUUUCUCCCACACCUGCGACGACCUCGCCCAGGGACCUCACUGCAUCUACGUUGGCCCCAUCGAGUCGGCUCGCCAAGAAACCCUUGAAGCUCUUUAUCUCCAAGCGCGGGAUGCGUAUUAUAGUGGUAAACCUUUGAUAGUUGAUGACAUGUUUGAUAGAGUAGAGUUAAAGCUGCGAUGGUAUGGUUCGAAAUCUGUAGUUAAAUAUCCUCGUUGCAGUAUCAGGAGGCAAUCAACAUAUGCUGAUGCUGAGACAGAUCUGUCUAUGAUUCUUGCAUUAGCCAGCACAUGGGUCACCUUCCUUGUAUUUGGCAGCUCAAUAUGCGUCGGGCCUGUAUUGUACACCGUCAGCUUGGUUUAUCAUACUGCAUUCAAUUCUGGAUUAUCCUAUGUCAACCAAGCGUCAGGAUUAGGAUUCCUGGCCACGGUGUAUAGCAUUGUGUUUAUGACAUUGGGCUGUGUCAUUGGCUAUCCAAUUGCAUCAUCUUCAGGGCUGAAUCCUCAGCAAAACUUCCCGUAUCUUAAGGUGCUUCAAGGCCUGUGGAGGAAUGACUUGGUGGCACUAAAAGGUACAUGUCCAAAUUGUGGGGAAGAGGUAUUCGCAUUCGUGAGGAUGGACAAGGCUCGUGAUUCCCCCCACAGAGCAGAUUGUCACGUGUGUGGAUGCUUAUUAGAAUUUCACACCCAAGUCGAGGUUGGUGACGUGUUUUCAUGAAGAAGAGCAAUUUGAAUGUGACAAUCCUAAAUGACCCCUCCCCUCUUUCUCCGGGGACUUGGCUCUGCUGCGGGCAGCUCCACUGCAUUUUGACAAAAAUACAGAAAAUUGGACUGUCCAGAUAAAAUCUGGAUGGUUCAGAUUUAAUAUUUUAAUUUUAAUUUUAAUUUUAAUUUUAUUAAAAUAAGAAAUUUAUAAAAAUUUUAAUAAAUAUGAUCACCUUUCUGAACAAUUCAUUUUUAAUAUAACCGGUCCAUGUUUAUAAUUUUUUUUAAUAAAUUUACUAGACAGUCUCGACCGUUCAAGUUUAAUAUUAAUGAUCUAAAUUUAUAAAAAAUAAAUAAAUUUAAGUACCAGGCUAGACAAUUUAGGUUAAACGUGAAUGGUAUGAAUUUAAAAUUAAAAAUUUAUAAAAAUUUUAAUAGUAAAUCUAUACUGUUCAAAAUAUAUCUAAAUAGUGAGUUUAUAAAAUUCAUAAAAAUUUAUAAUAUUAAAUUUGGACCAUUUAUGUUAAAAAGUGUUCAAAUUGGUGAUUAAAUGUAUUAAAAAUUUUAUGAAUUUUAAACAAAAAAUUAAAAUUAAAAUAUUAAUUUAUCUGCAUGAUUGGGGGAGGGGGGUUAUUGAAAGAGGCCUGGUAUUAUAUUAAGCAUUUGGUAUAAAGUGGCGCUUUCAUU